AUGGCGCAGGUUGGCAUGUCUCCGUGCAGGCCAGCACUCUCUGGGCCGAGCGUCGUGUCUACAGCUCCACAGUGGGGCAGGAUUCGGAUCAAGCCUGCGUGCGGGGUGUAUUGCGUCGUGGGCACAGUGGGCGCCCUGCGCGUGGCCAGCCUGGCUUGCCAGAGGGCCACAAGAGACAGACGUGGGAGAAAUUGGAGCAAGCGAAGCGGCAUUCAGAUCUGCAACGCUCGGAGCGAAGGCCACGAUGAACAGCAAGGAGACCCCGAAGUAAUGUUGGUAAUUGGCCAAGGUCACUGUCCGUGGGGAGAGGCAGGCACUGAGAUGAUGUCCCAGGGAUUGGGCUUCCAGACGCCUGCCACAUGGAGAGAGGCCGCCCAGCAUCUGUGCAAGAAGCUGCGGCAGGCCGUUCCAGCACUCGGUGUCCAUGUCGUCGAUGUUGCCGACGCAGCCGAUCAAGCACCGCAGGCGACGCUCUGCGCCUGCGUCAACGUGCCCAGGAAGAUCUGCGAUCGCCUUGCGCAGUCUUGCCGAAAUCUUCUGAUUCUGUCACCGUCCGAUGGCAACAGCUCGGCAGCACAUCUAGUUUCACGGCAACAGACUCGGCGCAGCGAAGCCGAAGUGCUACAGCAGUGUGAAGAACUUUGGUCAAGGCAAACAUCUGAGGCACUGGGUUGGAAUUUGUCAUGA